AUGAGUCGGAUCGGCUGGUAUGGCCUCGGCUCCAUGGGCCUGGCAAUGGCCACCAACCUCCAACGCCAUCUAGCUACAAAACGAGCCCUGAAUCUAGUCUAUUCGAACCGGACAAUGGCACGCGGCGACACAUUGAAAAGCUUAGGCGCCGUGCCCGAGCCGAGUUUCCAGAAUGUCGUCGCCCAGUGCGGGAUUAUCUUCACCAUGGUCUCCAACGACACCGUACUAAGCAACCUCAUCACCACAGCCAUCGAGUCAGGCCACUCGCUCAAGGACAAGAUCUUCGUCGACUGCUCGACCGUCCACCCGCAGACGGUCGGACUGACCGUCUCCAAGCUAAAGGAGAAGCAGGCCUCGUUCCUAUCUGCACCUGUCUUCGGGGGGAACCCGAUCGCCGUGGACGGAAGGCUCGUCUUUGCGAUCGGGGGACCGAGGAGCGCAGCAGAGGCCGUCAAGCCGCUCAUCCAAGAUGUCAUGGGGCGGAAGAUCAUCGACUGCGGGGAGGAUGCGACCAAGUCGUCCCUGUUGAAGAUCGCUGGGAACAUUGUUACGGUGAACCUGAUGGAAGCCGUCGGGGAGGCACAGGUCUUCGCGGAGCGGACGGGCCUAGGCACUGGGCCGAUGGAGGAAUUGAUCGGCGAGGCAUUCGGUGCUGUGGCGGGUGGCUACUCUAAGAGACUGACAACCGGCGCCUAUGCGCCAUCCCUCGACUCCCGUCCUGGGUUCGGUGUCUCGCUGGCCAUCAAGGACGCCAAUCAUGCGCUUGCCAUCGCCCAGGAGCAUAAUGUCCGCCUGCCUGGGCUGCAAGUUGCUCGGGAGAACAUGAUGGCGGCGAGGGAGUACGCGGGGGAAUGCCUGGAUAGCAGCUCCAUGUAUGGAGUCUUGCGGCAGCAGGCGGGCCUGGAGUUUUGGAAUGAGAAGAGCAGAAAGGGUGGAAGGUAG